UCGCUUUGUCCCUUCCGACUCUCUUUUCACUCAACCGGUGUCUCUUUUCGCUCCACGUGUAGGGAUUUAAUUCGUGUUUAUUGCCCCCUGCGCAUUCCACAUUUUCCGGAAAAAAUGUCUUUCGAGCAGAUGAAGGCGAACGUGGGCAAACUCCUGCGAGGAAUCGAUCGCUACAACCCAGAAAACUUGUCCACGUUGGAGCGCUACGUGGAGACACAAGCCCGGGAAAACGCGUACGACCUGGAGGCCAACCUUGCUGUUCUCAAACUCUACCAGUUCAACCCGGCCUACUUCCAGACCAACGUGACGUCCCAGAUCCUUCUCAAGGCGCUCACCAACCUGCCCCACACCGACUUCACGCUAAGCAACUGCAUGAUCGACCAGACACACCAGCAAGAGGAGCGCCCCAUCAGGCAGAUCCUCUACCUGGGAAACCUGCUGGAGACCUGCCACUUCCAGAGCUUCUGGACGAGUCUUGAGGAAAAUCGGGAGCUCAUUGACGGAAUUACUGGCUUUGAAGACUCUGUCCGCAAGUUCAUCUGCCAUGUGGUGGGCAUCACUUACCAGACCAUAGAUCGCCGCCUGCUGGCUGAGAUGCUGGGAGACCCUCUGGACACACAGGUGAAGAUGUGGAUGAACAAGUACAACUGGACGGAAACAGAGGACGGACAGAUCUUCGUCUUCAACCAGGAGGAGAGCGUCAAGCCAAAGAACAUCGUGGAGAAGAUCGACUUUGAAAGUGUGUCAAGCAUCAUGGCCACCUCCCAGUGACACACACACGUUGAAGACGCUCAUUUACACAAUUUUACACACAAUCAAAAUAAAUUUCGUUUCUGAUCGAGUGUGUACUUUUGAACAUAUUCACGUGAUGUUAUCUCGUCACGUGUGCACACACACACACACAGUCAUGAUACAAAAGUCAAUUGUUAACCCAGAUGAACAACAUGCAUCCAUCCAUUUUCUUUUCCGCUUAUCCUCACUCGGGACUAAACUGAAGUGAACACUAACACAGCCCCAUACCAUCGCAGAUGCUGGCUUUUGAACUUUGCGUCCAAAUCAGGCCAGGGUGGUUCUUUUCCUCUGUGGCCCGGAGAACACGGCGUCCACAAUUCCCAAAAACAAUUUGAAAUGUGGACUCGUCGGACCACAGAACACUUUUCCACUAUGCAUCAGUCCAUCUUAGAUGAGCUCGGGGUACACCCUGAACUGGUCGCCAGCCAUUCGCAGGGCACAUAUGAACAAAGAACCAUUCGUGCAAACAUUCACACUUAAGGGAAAUUUAGAGUCUUCAAUCAACCUAGCAUGCAUGUUUUUGGGA